AUACGUUCAGACAAGCUACACGUUGUGUUUAGUCGUGAGAGUGCGGUGUUGCGGGUUGUUAUGGGACUCCAGGGUGGUUUUAUUCUUUUCAUUCAAUGAUGGAUUAUAAUUAGCAGUGCAUUGAAAGAAUGAAUUACCUCUCCAUAGAUGUGGUUCAAAUGUUCUGCUUACUGCUCGAGUCAAAUUCCAGAUAAUGGGGCCUAAAAUUGCAAAUGGAUUAAUAAUUUGCCUGUUAUUUCAUUUUGUAUUCUGUCAAGAGCCAAGCAAACAUGAAACCGGAGAAGGUCAUGAUACUUUUGGCCCAGAUAAUGAGAUUCCAAUGCAGCAAUUUUCAAUAUUGACUCCUCAUAAUGAAAGUGCCUCGAGCAUUGACACGCGUGGAUAUGUUUUGUACUGUCCAUGUAUGGGUAGAUUUGGAAAUCAAGCUGAACAGCUACUUGGAUCUUUGGCGUUCGCAAAGGGGCUAAACCGGACCCUUGUCUUACCACCCUUUAUUGUUUACCCAAGGAAUAGCCCACUAGGCUCUGAGAGAGUAAGGUUUUCAAAAUGGUUUGCUAUCAAACCACUAAAGGAGUUUCAUAGAGUAAUGACAAUGGAAAAAUUCAUGAAAGAAAAAGCUCCAAAAAUUUGGCCAGAAGGAAAGCGCUAUGGUUUUUGCUAUUCCUUCAGAGAUGGCAAAAAAUGUGCUAUGAAGGAUGGCAAUCCAUUUGGGCCAUUCUGGGACCACUUCCAUGUAAGUUUUGAUGGUUAUGUUGACCAUCCUGGCAUCUUAUGGAGUUCAAGCCUAGACUAUGUUGCAGAUCAAUGGCACAAAAGAUUUCCACCUUCAAAGUAUCUUGUGUAUGCAUUCCAAGGUGCCCCUGGGGAUUAUCCAUCAAAACAAGAAAAUCAUGAUAUUCAGAAAUACAUUAAAUUUUCAAAAUACAUUGAUCAAAAGUCAGAUGAAUUUAUCAAAGAUGAGAUGAACAGGGAUCCAUUUGUUGCUAUUCAUCUUAGAAAUGGUGGUGACAUGAGGAGUGUAUGCGAUGAAGUUAAAAAUGGCAAGAUAAAUAAACUAUUUUGCUCAGAGCAAUGUACUGGAUACAAUGGAGAACGCGAGUUGACACACGAAAUGUGUGCUCCGUCAAAGAAAGAAAUUAUCCGCAAGACAAAAGAAUACCUAAAGAAGAUUUCAGCCGAUUCAAUAAGAUUGUUUAUCGGAACAGAUAACAACUCAAUGAUUAAAGAUUUCCAAAAAGCACUGAGGAGAAUGAAGGUAAAUAUUCAUGUCCGUGGAGAAGAUGACGAGAAAGAUGACCCCAUUAUUGAUAUAGCAAUAAUGUCAAAAGCGGACUAUUUCAUUGGAAAUUGCGUUUCAUCGUUCUCAGCUUUUGUCAGAAGACAGAGAACUGUAGCUGGCAAACCAGUUGCAUUUUUCGGCCUAGAUUAAAGAGGCUUUAACCACGGUAUAUUUAUUAAAAUUUCUGUCAGAAAAUAUGUAAAUAGGAGCACGUAGCAGACAUCAGCUACUUUGUAACAAUUGUAAAAAAUAUAUGUUUAAUGCCACCCAGCUAGACGUUCGUUGCUUUUACUACCUUUUCUAGUGAGAGACUUGAAUAUUCUCAAAAUCUUAUCGUGGUUUCUUUUCUAAGAAUCAAUUGUAGAAUUUGAAGCCAUAUCCUUACAGAAGGAUGUAGCUUCCUAACAUGAUUACAGCAUAGCAAUUGUAAAUAUUUGGUAAGUGCUUUGCGAAGCCUGUCACUCACUGUACUCAGAAACGCUAACAUCAUAAGCAGCUCUCACAUUGCCAUACUAGCAAGAAACGUAUUGGCCAAGACUGGGGUAGUGUAUCCCCGGCUAGUCCUAAAGAUUUGACAAGAGAUAUGCCUGUUAUUCAACUGAUUAGAAAUGCGAUUUCUACGAAGAGGCAAUUCAUUACCUGGCCCAUUUCUUUAGCUGGUUCAUGACUUCUCCUUAAGCGCUCUUGUACAGUUCCUUCUUUAACUUUCUUGUCGAAGUUAUCUUCAAUAGCUGUUAGGAUUCUGUCCUGGAAUAAAAAAAUGCUAUAAUGUUUGAAUAAAAUCAAUACAGAAGUACAGAGAAUCCCAGCAUAUUAGAUCCUAGUGGAUCAAGACCCUACAGCUUGCGGUUUUGAAAUGUGGUCCAGUUCAGCCUGAAAACUGGAAUUGGUUCUAAGUUGAAGAUUACUAAAAAUUAGAAAUGGAAAAUUUUUCUAAAACAUUCCUUAAAAAAGCCGGAUGCCUUGUGAAAGUAGAUGGGUAAAAACAAUUUGGCUUUGAGGGGGACCUUUGAAGAGACACUUAAAAUUAAAAGCAUUUUUUCGUUCAACUCCAAAUAUAAAUAACCUAUUCAGACUGAAAAGAAAAGCUUUAAGUUCUUAAACAUGGCUGUUAACUGUAUUCUAAAUUUCUACCGUCACCUCCUAGUUGAAAAUUUAAAAUUAAAGAUCCAGCAACUGCUUAACGAAUCAAGAAACUCUUAAAGGUCUCAGGAUCCUUACAAAAUUUAUCUUUUAUGAAAGAAAUCUAGAAAGUAUGUCAUUUACAACGUUAAAAUAUUCGAUAAUAUUUUUAGGUCAUCGUUGUAAAGAUCUCAAAAUACUGGCCCCAUCUCUACAAAGAACACCAAGAAACUCUCUUUGACUGUUUAUCUAUGUGUUUGCAAUACAUAGCAUCAAACAAGACCCAAAUAACUGCAUUUCUGAAAUGCUAAGCUUGUAUAGUAACGAUUAAGUUCUCGACGAUAAGAGAAUUAUAUGCCCCCUUUUUUGCUGUUUGAGUGAAAAAUAUGAAUAUUUCAUACCCGAAAUUUAUCAUGAAGUUUGUCAAAUGUUGUUUUGAACAAAUGCGAUAUGCGAAUCGACUUGGUGGGGUGAAUGCAAGGUGGCAAAAUAGAAUUGAUACCUUUCCUUUUUUUUCAAAAAGAAAGAAAUCUCUGCCAUAGAAUUAGCAUUGACAAUAUUCGUUGCAAAUAUAAAUCGACAUAAAAAAACACCAAUUUCUUAAAUGCAUUCUUUUCUUGCUAUAUGGCUAUUAGAAACAAAUAGAGCUUGCGUUCUUUCAUCUGGCCAACAUCAACGAGCUCUACGUUACUUUAUAACAUUGGUGAAAUAUUAAAAAGUUUUGUCUCAGUGUCAGAGAUACAAUGUAAUAAUUUCAGUAACAAUCCUUCUCCCUGGAAUCAAAAACAUCCUCUUAACAAUGUCACUGAAUACAAAUAAAUUUUCAAGUUUCACUAGAAAUCGAAUUAUCACUGUCAACUAAGCAAGACUUAAGCAGUGUUUUGGUUUUCGUGAAAUCCAAACAUUUUAUCAGCUUAGUAAAGUAAUUGUGAGAUUGCUUGCUCAGCUGUUUCUUCGCUUCUUUUCCCCACCAAUGAUGCAAAGGAAAAGUUUCUUUGAUCAAACAAAUUGAGCAUUUUUUUAAAUAUACCUGGGAGACGGGGGUGCCCAUUAUGUAAUUGUCAAUGAAAUUUUGUUUUUGAGCCUAAUCAUAUAAGGCCUAAUCAUAGAAGAUUUUUCCAUGAAAUUAAAUCGUCUUGAUAAAAACUGUUCUCCUUGGUCUACCGAUUGUGUAAUACAUACAGACUUUCUUGUACAUACGGAUCAACAAUAUAAUCAGUUAUACAAAUCAUUAUCAUGUUAGCCUUAUUUUACAGUCGUACAUGAUUUAUUUGAUCACGUGAUUACGUCUGCCCAUGAAACAUCAUACUACCAUCAUUACUUGCUAAAAGAAUGUAAGAUAUUGAAUCCGCCAUGAAUACCUAUAAAUAAAAAACCAGCUAGAAAACCUCAAUUUCCAAAUAAAUACUUCGUAUUCAUCCGGAAGUGACAAUUGCAAAAACUACACUGGAAAGCCAUUUCUUUCGACAAAAACUCUUGUCUAGUUUCGUAUCUGCUGAUAAAAUGUAUUGAAACUAUAUUUCCUGGCCAGCUUCCAAGCGUUUUCAUUGCCAAGUUGCUUGUGCAUAAUUUCUAAACAUGUAUAGAAUGCCAAAAAAUAUACCAAAUUAAAUUUUCAGGUAGGCCAUGAGAUCUUACUUCUACUGAUACCCCCUGGAGAAAGUUUUCCUAAUGAGUAAUUAGCAUACUUAAGCUAAGGUUCGUGAUUAGCAAAUGUUUGUAGACCUAUAGGUAGUACAUUGCUCAUCUGAUUGCACAAACUUCGUUUUAAACAAAGUGAUUUUAGCUAUGGAAGUUUCGAAUCAACUAAGGCUGUUAAUGAUCCUAAUUUUUUAUGUAGUUAGCACAAGAAAUUCAGACGCGCUUGAGUGCGAUUUAGAAAAUUGGUUGAAAGGAGAGUCAAUACCAGCUUUAAUCAACUCAUUUGAGAAUGGGGAAUGUGAACAGCACUUUAUCGGGGAAAGAAAAGCUUCAAAAGAGUUACAUUGCGUGGAUCAUUGCUACAGAACUCAGAACUGCCAGUCCGUGAAUUACGAUGGUGAAUCACAUAAAUGUAUGCUGAUGGCAAUACCCAUAAACCCUCUGUUAGCAAAUCGAUGUAUAGUCACGAGUGAUAGUGUUCAUAAUUCGAGUCCGAUGCUCAUUAAAUCAAUGCACAUCGAUAUAAAAAGGACCAAGUUCAUGAAGUCAUGCAAAAAAAGUGAAAAAUGAAGAAGAAAGCCUUUAUGAAAACAGUUCACAAGCGAAUCGAAAAGAAAGAAGAUCAAUCAGUUGCAGGUCAGAUGCUUAAUGGAAUCAAAGUAGCGAAAAGUUAAAGGUUCAAGAUGCGCUGAUCCAAAAACUUACUUUUCUACAAGCAAAAUCAAUUAACGUAUUCCUUAAUGUUUGAAAUUGUUUUGACAGACACGAUUCUCCUUAAUAGAUUACAUGAAGAUAACAGGUUCAAUUAGAACAAUAAGAACGUUCUGUUUGUUUUCUACAUGUCUCUUUGCUUUAUUUAUGUUAAUUUGCUUCAGCUGGGUGGCUGUUGUGGGGCACCAAAGGUAUCAAUUUUGGGAAAAUGACACUAGGACAGAAGAAGGUGACUUGUGAUUUAUGUCGGUAUGUGAAUGGUUGAGAGUCUAGACUUCUUAGAAUACAAUGAAAAUUACUGUUAGGAUUUUGCCCAUGAUGAAAGUGAAUUCUUUUUAGUUCGGUCCUAGCAUAAUCCCUUUGAUAACAAAUGUUUUAGAUGCAAAGCUUCAGCUUGUAUAGAAGCAUCAGCUGAUGUGCAUACAGCGUUGAUUUGAUUGCUCUGCAACCUGCUGGACACAGUUAUAUUGCUUUUUGAAAUAAAUCGAUUAUUUAUUUAGCUGCAACGUUACAGAAACAAAAUGCAAUCGCCACUUGAGUGCAAUUAAUUAAACUUCUUUUUUAACGAAGCAAUUUUAGCUGACAAAGUUUCAGGGGAUUGGAGGUCUCUUAUCACGAAGUUCCUGCAGUACCUUGAGGAACAGUGUUUGUUCGGGAGGUAUGGCAUUAAAAUAAAUGGAGAGAGGAGUAAAAUAAAUGGAGUAAAAGUUGGAAUCAAUGGAGAGAGGAGAGUUCAGGUAGAGGCUAGGUGCAAUAUCAUCGAUCUAAGUUUCAAGAGAGAAAACAUUUGCUCGAGUAUUUCAUUCUUGCCCCUGAAUCGAAUCACAUUCCAAGUACAGAAUUUGAUGUGUUUUGCACAGAUUAAAAGUACAAGCGUCAAUAAAAGAGAUGCCAAUGAAGAAAUCACAAGUAAUCGCUAUUAGCUUGGCCAUGAUAGUGCAUACCCUGAAUAGUGAGGAGAAGUGCGACUUGGCAGCAGGCUACGACGUGCAGGAGCAGUACAUUUUUCAACAAAAUCAUUUAGUGGAGCUAAAUAAAAAGCAUCUGCACACAG